AAAGAUUUCACGGACAGUCGCUUAGCGAUGACGUUGUGAACGUCCAAAUAGGCCGACAGAUGGCAACGUUUAUUUGUUUUACCCAUAUGUCUAUGGUUUUAAAUAACACCCUACAUUUUAAUUGAUUAAUAAAUAAAGGACUUAGAUAUAGACGUUAUCGUUACAAAUGUUUUUAUAUAAAUACCGUAUAGCUAUCAUUUAAAUUUUCUUUAUUCGUUACCUCGCCACAUCAGUGCAAGUCAUUCAGGGGCAAAAUAAACUGGUAGCUGCAGUUAUCAAUCUUAUCCGAGCGAGGGCGAAGGUGUACGACCCGUGUUGCAACUUGUCAAGAAAGUUUUGGUCGCCCUUGUAGCGCAUAAUGUCGGGGAGGUCCUGUUCUUCAGCUGUCAGUUGAAUUCUCCAAGAUCAUUUGUGUGACAUCAUGCUGUGCGUCUUGACCAGAACUGCGACAAGGGCGGGCCUGGUGAAGCCCUGUCGACUACCAACUCCAGUGCCGGUUGUUCAGAUUUCUGACCGGACACUGGUCCAUCAGGAGAGUCUGCCAAAGCUGCCCGUUCCGCCGCUUAAGCAGACAUGCGCGAGGUAUCUGGCAUCGCUCGAGCCGCUGAUCUGCGAAGAGGAGAUGGCGCACACUCGGGAGCUCAUGAAGGAGUUCCUCCGGCCUGGUGGCGUGGGAGACAGACUGCAGAAGAGCCUCGAGCGCCGGGCACGCAAAACCGAAAACUGGCUCUCUGACUGGUGGAUGCAGUCAGCCUACCUGGACUCUCGAAUGCCUGUGGCGAUGUACACAAGCCCAGGGGUCGUUUUACCCAAAAUGCACUUCCAAGACCGCCAGGGACAAAUGAGAUUUGCUGCUAAACUCAUUGCUGGUGUUUUGGAUUUCAAAAGUAUGAUUGAUAGUGAAACAUUGCCUGUGGAAUAUCUGGGUGGCAAGCCUUUGUGCAUGGACCAGUAUUACCAGGUGCUGUCUUCGUGUCGGAUCCCUGGACCCAAGAGGGACACUGUGGUGAACCACGCAAUUGGAAAGAACCCUCCUACGCACAUCACAGUGGUCCACAACUUUCAGUUCUUUGUUCUGGAUGUGUACAACAGUGAUGGUUCACCACUGACUGUAGAUCAGAUCUAUGUUCAGCUGGAAAAGAUCUGGAACACUUCCCUUCAGACCAAUAAAGAGCCGGUUGGCAUCCUGACCUCCAACCACCGUAACACCUGGGGCAAGGCCUACAACAACCUUAUCAAGGACAAGACAAAUAAGGAGUCAGUGCGGGCAAUCCAGAAGAGCAUCUUCACAGUGUGUCUUGAUGCUCCAAAGCCAAGUGUGUCAGAUGAGAUGUACCAUAACAAGGUGGCUGCUCAAAUGCUCCAUGGAGGAGGCAGUCGCUGGAACAGUGGAAACCGCUGGUUUGACAAAACACUGCAGUUCAUAAUUGGGGAGGACGGAUCGUGUGGACUCACAUAUGAACAUGCUCCAGCUGAGGGACCUCCCAUUGUUUUCCUGGUUGACCAUGUUGUUGACUAUAUGAGGAGAAAUGAGAUGGUACGAACUCCCAUGAUUCCACUACCUAUGCCACUAAAGCUUCGAUUUAACAUCACGCCAGAAAUCAAGAAGGACAUUGAGAAAGCCAAACAGAACAUGAACAUAAUGGUGCAUGAACUGGAUGUUCGAGUGCUUAACUUCUCACACUAUGGAAGAAAAUUCCCAAGGUCUCAUAAAAUGAGUCCAGACGCAUUCAUCCAAAUGGCUCUGCAGUUGGCAUACUACAGGAUGUAUCAGACAUGCUGUCCGACCUACGAGAGUGCCUCCUUACGCAUGUUUAAACUGGGCAGAACGGAAGCCAUUCGAUCCACCACCACAGAAUCGCUCCAGUUCACACAAGCCAUGGAUGAUCCAUCAAAAAAUAAUGGUGAGAAAGCAGCGCUGCUCGAAAAGGCGAUCAAAGUCCACAGAGAGCACACACACAUGGCCAUCCAUGGGCAGGGUAUAGAGAGGCACAUGCUGGGUCUAAAGAUGGUGGCCAUUGAGGAUCUGACGUCUUUACCUGAUAUCUUCAUGGACACGUCAUAUGCUGUGUCUUCACAUUUUAAUCUCUACACAAGUCAGGUUGGAUCAAAGACAGACUGCGUUAUGUGUUUUGGACCCAUGGUUCCAGAUGGUUACGGUGUCUGCUACAACCCCAUGGAUGACCAUAUCAACUUUGCUGUGACUGCCUUCAAUAGCUGUGAAGAAACCAACGCCACUAAACUGUCCAAGUUUCUAGAGGAUGCACUUCUGGACAUGAAGACUCUUCUGGAGCAGGUGUCUAAGGCCCAGUGAGUGACAACAAUUCUUUAAUGACAAAAGAAUCUCUCACAGAAGCCCUGAAACCUUUUCAGACUGGAGGCUUUUCUCACUUUCAUUGUCAUUAAAAUGACAUGUAUUAUUGGCUUAUAUUGGUAUUCCAUAUCUUUAACGGUGAUGUGUGAUUUUUUUUUCAUUAUGCAGAGACUAUAAGUAACUAAGAAAACCAUUUUUAGGUUGAUUCCAUCCAAAAAGUAUAAACAAUGUUACUAUGUGGUGCUUUUAAAUCUUUGAUCUGUUUGAGCACAGCAACAUUGACUCAAUGGCUGCUGGAAGUCAGGAAACCUGUUUCAAAACAGUCAUUGUUUCGCAGUGUAUUUUAAUAACAGAAAUUACACACUUUACUAUUCAGGGAAGUGACUAUGGACUAAGAAGCUGAUUCAGACAUAAAUGGGGAAAAAAACACGUUCAUUCUGGUUUUACAGUUUCAAUUGUAAAAACUGAAUGAGAAUGCUGUUGAUGUUGUCUAGUCCAUAUCAUGUUACGCCCAAAGUAUACUCAAGUUUUUAUUUUUAUUAUUUUUUAUUUUUUUUGCAUACUCUAGUAUAUGUGGACAAUGCGCAUUAAUUUUCAUCAUCAUCAUCACAUUGCAAUCAAAACAAUUACUAAAAAAAAGUAAUAUAGAGAUUAUAUACAGAUAUUUUAUGUUUACUUGGAUGCCAUGUGACCAUUAAUCAAUAUCAGAGAACCGUGAAUAUGCAAAGGUUUUGUUAAAUUACUGAGAUGUUGUACCUCAAAUCUCAUUGGGUAUUUCAAGUAAAUAUUUUAGGUCCAAGGGGUUCGGCUGUCAAAAAAGUUUAAGAACCCCUGAAAUGGACUAUACUUUGAAUGACUAUGUGUUUGCCUCUACACAUACGCUAAGUGUGUUUAAAAAGUGUACUUUGGGCUUUAAGGAGGUUCAUGAUAGUUUUAUAAACGGUAAGUAGGACUGUUAUUCUAAACCAAAACUCUCACAGCCACAUUGACCUAUUCUAAAUCACUCACUAAAAUAUCAGAAAAUUUU